UUCAGCUCAGCUCGGUUCGGCUCAGCUUCAUAUCGGAUCGCCGUGUUUUUCGAGGCAAAACCGAGGUCUCCAAAUUUGUCUCGUUCAACCGAUCCCGAUAGUCCGUACCUCCGGGGGCCGCCCGGGACGUUCCGCGUCGGAUUCAGAGAGAGGGAGAGAGAGAGAGUGAGAGAGAGAGAGAGGAGACCGAGUGCAAAAGUCGCGAAGAACCGGAGAAGUACGCAGAGAGAUCCGCGUUCGUUCGAAACUUGUUUGCGCCGAUCCGCUCGGCAAAUUUUCUAGAGUGGUGCGUAGUAGUUCGCAAACGCGUCGCGGCCGUGACGUGAACACCGGAGGGAUCAUGGGAACGACAUGCCAUCUGACAGUGGCGAUCGUGCUUUUUCUAAGGGCGGCCACGAUCAAUGCCCAUCGCGAGCAUAAGGUCCACAACAUCGUACUGUACCCGGACAAACACAGCUGGUGCAAAACCACCCCCAUAAAGCAGGUGGUCGCUUGGCCACAGUGCUCCUCGCAGGAAUUGGACAACAAUGUGUGCGUGGGAGCUUGUUUCUCCUACAUGGUACCUCACAGCGAGCCUUCCGCUCCCGGUGAUUUAAUCAGACCCUACUGCGACUCUUGUCAACCUUUAGACAGCGUCUGGCAUACGGUCACUUUGGACUGCAAGGAUGAAGAGAACAACCCUAUAACCAUGCAGAAGAAAGUUCAAAUUAUCACCAACUGUUCCUGCAGCUCUUGCAUGGAGACAUCUAGAAUCAAACCGGACUACAACACGCUCCUCCAAUCGCUGACCGAGGAGAACCUGGACAAGAACGUGAACAUCGUCCACGAGACACCGGAUUUACUGUUAGACCUGAAUUUGAACGCUUCGAAGAACACUACUAGGGAUGGCGCGUUGGCCAAGAACGAGCGGUACCAGCAGCUUUUCAAGCAACUGAAGGACCCUGAGAAGUUCGAGCAGCUGGACAGCAAGGAGUUGUUCCCGAAUUUCCACCAGGAAGUCGAUAUGGUGAAAAUAAGGGAAUUGAUGAAGGAGUAUCGGGAAGAGGAGGUGGAGAAGCAACAGUCGCAUCAGCAUCAGUCGUCUGGCAAACAGGAGCAGCAGCAACAACAACAGCAGCAGCAACAGCAGCAACAGCAGCAACACUCGACGACGAUUCUUCACCGAGGCCCACACCACUCGAUGGUCCUGGAUUCAGACGUGAAGGAGAAGAUCGACGUGGAGCCGCAUUACCUUCACCCGGCAGUCGCCGGACAGGAGAUCAGCUACCACGACAACGUGCUGGUGGACAAGGACAAGAAGAAGGAUUUCUGAGGCGAUGCGAACGUGUGUCCCGUGACGGAAACGGCGCUGAUCGAGUUUCAACCGUAGCGAGGGUCGCGAAGAUGAGAUUUUCAUUACUUUCCCGUAUUCGUUGCCGAAUCCAAUCUACCGACAGGUCAUUAAAAAUCGACGGACGAGAUUCGACUUCGUUGUACAUAGAAACGACCCAUUUCUUUUUUUAUUUCCCAUUUUGUUCUAUUUUAUAUAGUAUUUUUAAAUUGUUAUUUUUGUGGAGCAGCUGAUUAACUCGUACUGGAAAUUGGGGAACGCGUCGCGCAACGUAUGACAAAGAGAGAGAAAGAGAGAGAGAGAGAGAGCAAGUGCAAGAGGUGUACCCGGUAAAGAGAAUAGAACGUAUCACCUUGGCGACGAAUAUACGAUUCACCACGAGUUUACGUUUACGGUAGACAAACAGGAAUCUUGCUCUUCCAUCGCGGCGGCUACGUACUUACGCAAGUCCAUUUCCAUUCUAUCUUUUCCUUUUCUUCUUCUUCUUCUUCUUCUUCUCUCAAAUAUUACUUGGUACUGCUAACGAUUCGUGUACUUUCUACUUUCUCUCAGGCUUUCUCCCUUUGUAAGAGACAAACUACCAGUAAUAAUAUCGUCGGACAUACGCACCGAUGUAAUCUUCCUGUACCAGCGAAAAAGUACGUUCGUCGCGGAUUUCCCGAAUCAUUGGUAAACUAAUAAAACUGGCCGAUACAAAUUAAA